UUUUUAAAGGGAAACCAAGGUUGUUGAGGUCUGUGGUGGGCAUAGCAGGUGGAAGGGUUGCUGCUGUUUGCAGGAACGUGUGGAGCAGAAGAGCUGUGCCAUUCCCCCCUUUUGCCCUCUCAUGCCCCCCUUUCCCCCGUGUGUCUCCCUGUGUGUUAGUGCCCCCACACCCCACCCACCCCCAACCUGAUCCGUUGCCGCUCCAGCCCAAAGUCGCCCUCUCACCCCAUGCUUGGGACAAAGGUUGCUCACUGCCAGCCCAAUGACUGCCUGGAUUGUACUACCUGUCAGCUUGUCUGCCUUCUCCAUCACAGGAAUAUGGAUAGUGUAUGCCAUGGCUGUGAUGAAUCACCAUGUGUGUCCUGUGGAGAACUGGUCUUACAAUGUAACAUGCAUAGAAGAGCUGCCCCGGCCAGGCUUCCCGAAGUCAUGCUGCACCAUCCAGGACAUCCCCCUCAUCAGUAAAUGUGGCUCCUACCCUCCUGAAAGCUGUCUGUUCAGCCUGAUAGGCAAUGUUGGAGCCUUCAUGGUUGUGAUGGUGUGCUUUUUGCGCUACGCCCAAGUGAUCGAACACAGCCACAGAUGCUGGGUCAACACCAGCGCUCUGGUGUCUGGCUGCACCAAUGCCAUUGGUCUUGUCAUGGUGGGCAACUUUCAGGUUGAUCAUGCCAAAUCUCUUCACUAUGUGGGAGCGGGUGUGGCCUUUCCAGCAGGGCUGCUGUUUGUGUGCCUGCAGUGUGUGUUGACCUACCGUCUGGCUGUCACGGCCCUCGACUACUGGAUGGCUCAUUUCCGAGUGGCUCUGGCACUGGGAGCCAUGAUCUCCCUCGUCUUCAGCGGCAUCUUCUUCAUUCACGAGAGCUUUACCCUGCAGCACGCCGCAGCCAUCUGCGAGUGGGUCUUCACGGUGGACAUCCUGGUUUUCUACGGGACCUUCACCUAUGAGUUUGGCACCGUCACCAGUGAGACCAUGAUGACAGGCUUGCAGCAGAGCCACCACGGCUCAGGGGUGAUCAUGGGUUCCAGGGGCCAGGGCUCAACAUUAGGAGGGGCAACCAAAGGCCUCAAGUCCCCUGGGGGAAGCAGCACAUCGACACAUCUCAACUGUACCCCAGAGAGCACAGCCAUGUUGUAGCUGUGCAGCCCAGCCGAAAGGUCUGAAACAUCACCGCAGAGGUGCUUCACGGGCUCUCACAGGAAGCCAAGCUGACAGACGCAGCACGUGGAGGAAGAGGAGGCGUUCGGAUAUCCUCAACCUGUUUUUUGUUUUUAAAUCUCCACUGUUGGCGUGACCUGCUACAGUUGUUUCCUGUAGUGUUGUUGAAAGUUUGGAGCCAUGAAUGUUCCUCGGAGGCUGUUGAUCUGGGCACUUCUGCAUUAGGUAGGGUGUUGCCUGACUGGGAGAGAAGUUUUUAUUUUUUAUUUUACUUUCUCCAAAAGUUGAUUCUGUUCAU